ACCCAGCCUUACUGAGCAAGUGGCAAAAAAUUUCCCUCAAAUUGUGUUGCAGUUGCUUCACAUAGCUAAAGACUGGAACAAACUGCAGACACUUUUCAGAAAUAUUAGCCCAUCUCUUCAUAUUAUGAUAUACGAGAAUGAAAGUGAAAGACAUAAGAAAAUCUGUGUGGCUCUUGGAAAGCUAAUAAUGUUUCACCCGGAUGCACUAAGAUUCAGCUUGGAGUAUUUUGAAAAAUAUCCUGCACCAUUUACAUAUCUUUUUUCACAUUCGGAAGUUGCUUGGAACCGUGCUAUAUAUGUGGACGAACAAGUCUCAGAUUACGAUAUUAUUGCAUCGUGCUACAGCUUUCUGUCCACCUCCUGUGAUCAUUUUCGGCAGUGUUGGAAUUGGGCUGCAUUUACUGAGUUAUUGAGAAGAUACAAGCAUAACAGAAAACUGAUGUGGGUCGGUCUUAAUUGUUUAGCAACUGUGACCGGUAUGUCAGACUCGGAGCGGCGGUACUUGUUGCACGGACAAAAUGCUACUGAAAAUUAUCUUAUCGAGUUUGACGAAUACACGGAAAAACUCAGUAAUAUCAAAGUCGUGUCAUCAGACAUUCUCGAAGCACCUUCAUCCGACUCGUGUUCUAUGCUGGGAUCUGUUAUUACAGUUGCUGGCUUUCAGUUUCCAGUAGUUGAUCCAACUAAGCAGAGAGAUGAGCCCCUCCAGCGUGGCGUACAAACUACGGAGCAAAACCUGCGUAGCCUCGCCUUGGCACUGGUCUCAGGUCGUGCUAUCUGCCUCCAGGGACCAGUUGGUUCUGGCAAGACAGCUUUAGUUGAACACUUCGCUAAUCUUACAGGGCGUGGUGGCCUCCCACACCUGACUAAAAUCCAGCUUGGUGACCAGACAGACAGUAAAAUGCUGCUUGGUUCAUAUCGCUGCACUGACAUCCCUGGGGAAUUUGUUUGGCAGUCUGGAGUCCUUACAGAGGCUGUUGAAAAAGGCUAUUGGUUAUUGCUGGAAGACAUUGAUUCAGCACCAAGUGAUUUAGCUUCUGUUUUGGCAUCUCUUCUUGAAACAAGACAUCUUUUUGUGCCAGGAUAUCGCGAUUCAAUACCAGUAGCUCGUGGGUUUCAACUGUUCUUGACUCGUAGAUUUACAAAGAGUGGAAGUGAAAAGAUAAGUGUGUCAUCAUCACUGUUGGAGUCUCAUUGGAUCACAGUGGAUAUCAAACCUCUUAAAAAGGCAGAACUUCUGCAAGUUGUCAAGGGGGUGUUCCCUGUUCUGGAGCACAGUGCUGAAAAUCUAAUCAACACCUUCUCAGUAUUUUCACAAGGAAGGCAUGAGGAGAAUCCUGAACAAAUGGUUAAGAAUCCCAUAAAGAAACGUAUUCUUGAAGAGCUGAAGCAGAAGCUGGGAAGUGGAAGACUCACUUCCACAAGGGAUCUUUUGAAAUGGGCUGUGCGCUGCAGCGAAGUUUACAAACAUAGUCCAAAGGGAAAUAAAGAUGCUGCAUUGAACGUAUAUGCCGACGCUGUGGACAUCUUCUGUCUUUCCGAGAACAAGAAAGAUGUGCGUAUUGCUGGUGCUAAAGCCGUGGGGAGUUUCUUGAGUGUGCUUGUGGAUGCAGAUAAUUAUCUUAAUGUGCAUAAGCCCACAAUUUCUGAAACAGAUCGUCAGAUUACAGUUGGACGAGCCACACUGCUGAAGAAGAAAACUGAUGAGAUUGCAAUUCAACGUGCUCAGCGAAUUGCCCUUGUCCCACCUGUGGUUCGACUUCUAGAAGGAGUAGCCCGUGCAAUACAGUUUUGUGAGCCAGUGUUGCUUGUUGGUGAAACAGGCACAGGAAAAACUUUCCUCAUUCAGCACCUAGCACAAAGAACUGGAAAUCCACUACUGGUCAUCAAUAUGAACCAGCAGAGUGAAACAACAGAUCUGCUCGGAGGUUAUAAACCAAUGGAUCUGAAGUUCAUAGUGAGACCUGUGAGAGAAAAAUUCGAGAGACUUGUGCGUAAUCUUGCAUGGGAAGAUGGCCUUAAAUUUUUAGUGAAGUUGGCAAGAGAGUAUCAUAGCCGAAACUGGAAAAUGGUACUCCUUAUGAUGAAGCGUAAAACGUCUUCUGUCUUGAAGAAGUUACGUAAGAAGUCUAACCCCAGUGAAGAAAUUACCACUAUGAUUUCAAACUGGAAACAGUUAAGUGGUGAUUUGUCACGGCUAGAGAAGCAGAUUUCCUCUAAUGCUAUGGCCUUCACUUUUAUCGAGGGAAGUCUUGUCAGAGCUGUCCGUGAAGGAAAAUGGGUGCUCCUUGAUGAAAUCAACUUGGCACCACCAGAAACGUUGGAAUGCUUGUCAGGGCUAUUGGAAGAUGGAGCUGUGGGUAGCCUCCGCUUAUUGGAACGAGGUGAUGAGCAACCUGUUCCAAGGCACAAGGACUUUCGUCUCUUUGCUUGUAUGAAUCCUGCUACAGAUGUCGGCAAGAAGGAACUGCCUGCUGGCUUACGUAACAGGUUCACAGAAUUCUUUGUAGAUGAACUUACAUCAGAGAGUGAUUUGAAAGAAAUGAUGCAUUGUUACAUUGGACAACUUGGACUCGGAGCAAGAAAAAUAAAGGAUUUAGUGCAGUUCUAUUGCAAACUGAAAAAUGUUGACAGUUAUAGUCUUUGUGAUGGGACUGGAAAUAAACCACACUACAGUUUGCGGACAUUGUGCCGAGCUCUGACUGUUGCUGCAAAAAACCUGUGUGGGUCGGUGCCACGUUCUCUGUAUGAAGCCUUUUGUAUGAGCUUUUUAACACAGCUGGACUAUAAUUCUCAUCCAGUUGUCGAGGGAGCUAUAAGAGAUGCUGUGCUGUCAGGUAAAAAAGACACUGGAAAUGAAUUAAACAGACAGUUGCCAGUACCUGCGAAAGAGAACUUGUAUGUUUGUGUUGAAGGAUUUUGGAUCCGAAAAGGAACUCUGGAUCCAUUUAUUCCACAGAAGUACAUAUUGACAGAAUCUGUUAGCCGCAAUUUGCGAGACCUGGCACGUAUUGUGUCUUUGGGCCAACUGCCUGUGUUGCUGCAAGGUGACACGUCAGUUGGCAAGACGAGUAUUGUGACUUACUUGGCUCAGAUAACAGGGCACCACUGUGUGCGAAUCAACAACCAUGAACACACAGAUCUGCAAGAAUAUGUGGGUUCUUAUAUUGCUGAUGCUUCUGGAUCACUAGUUUUCAGAGAGGGUGCUCUGGCAGAGGCAAUGAGACAUGGCCACUGGGUUAUAUUAGAUGAGCUGAAUUUGGCACCAACAGAUGUUCUGGAGGCUUUGAAUCGUGUUUUGGAUGACAACAGAGAGCUAUUCAUUCCUGAGACACAAGAAGUCAUAUCGGCACAUCCAAACUUCAUGUUGUUUGCAACGCAGAAUCCACCUGGUCUGUAUGGUGGGAGAAAGUUGCUGUCCAGGGCAUUUCGCAACCGGUUUGUUGAGUUACACUUUGAUAAAAUCCCGUCACACGAACUGGAAACUAUAUUAGAGAAGCGCUGUGAACUGCCUGAAUCUUACGCUCGUCGAAUGGUGAAUGUGAUGAAAGAUCUACAGGUCCACCGGAGAAGCAGUGUUGCUUUUGCUGGAAGUAAGGGAUACAUGACACUUCGAGACUUGUUUCGCUGGGGGGAGAGGUACCGACGUGCUCCUCACAGCAGUGGUUUCCAGGACUGGAAAGAAUACAUGGCUGAAGAAGGAUUUCUCGUACUGGCCUGUCGAGUUCGCUGCAAGGAGGAGGAGGAAGUGAUCUGGAAUGUAAUCACGAAACAUUUUGGCAGCUCCCCCAACCGACAAAAUCUGUUUUCAUUCACAGACAACACAUCCAUGGUUACGUCGCCAAUUCUGCAGAAAAUUAAAGCUCUUAGCAGUAAAAAUCCAGACAGUGGUAUUGUGUGGACACAUGCUAUGCGGAGAAUGGCAGUACUUGUAUAUAAAGCAUUUGAGUUCGAUGAACCAGUGCUUCUGGUGGGUGAAACUGGUUGUGGAAAGACAACUGUAGUCCAGUACCUUGCAGCUCUACAGGGUCACACUCUCUACACACUGAACUGUCACAUGCACACAGAGGGCUCUGAUUUCCUGGGAGGUCUACGUCCUGUUAGGCAUCGUAGCCAAGAUGAUGACAGUCCACAGAAGUUAUUUGAAUGGGUAGAUGGCCCCCUCAUUAAGGCAAUGGAAGAAGGAUCAUGGUUUCUCUGUGAUGAAAUAUCACUUGCUGAUGACAGCGUGUUGGAGAGAUUGAACUCAUUACUAGAGCCAGAGCGAAAACUCCUGCUCUCUGAAAAAGGUAGCACAGGAUCAGUUUCUGAUGGUGCAGGUGACAGCUCUUGUAUUGUUACAGCUGCUCCAUCCUUUAAAUUUGUUGGGACAAUGAAUCCUGGUGGUGACUAUGGAAAGAAAGAGCUUUCUCCAGCUUUACGCAAUCGAUUAACGGAGAUAUGGUGUGAGUCACACUCAAAGCGGGAAGAUUUAGAACAAAUUCUAAAAGUUAAUCAGAAGGGUGGCUUGCAAUUAGAUGUCUCUGUUCUUGUCAUGGAUUUUCUCGAUUGGUUUACCAGUACAAAAAUUGGCUCAAAGUUUCGUGUAAAUGUCCGUGACCUCAUCACAUGGGUAAACUUUUACAAUGUAUGCACAUCACUGAAAGGGAUGUCUCCUGCACUUGCUUAUGUACAUGGCGCUUUCCUGACGUUUCUUGAUAGCUUUGGUUCAGGGAUCACUUCCAACGAAAGUGAAGAAAAUUUGAACAUUUUGAAAUCAGCUGCUGUGCAAUUCUUGGCAAAACAAGUGAAUAUCUCAGAAGAAAGCUUUGAGCAGCCUGCUAACAUUAUUCGGGGCAAAAAUUUAUGCAUUCGUCCAUUCUCCAUUGAGACAGGUCCGUUGCGAAAUCCUCUGAAAGGAUUUACCUUUGAUACGAAAACAACCCUAUUAAAUGCACAGCGUGUGCUGCGAGGCCUGCAGUUGACCCGGCCUGUGCUGUUGGAAGGCAGUCCAGGCGUUGGAAAGACAGCUUUAGUUGCUGCUCUGGCGUGUCUUGCCGGGCAUCACCUUGUACGCAUCAACAUAUCGGAGCAGACGGAUAUUUCAGAUUUGUUUGGAGCAGAUUUGCCAGUAGAUGGUGGAGGUGAAGGACAGUUUGCAUGGCGUGAUGGUCCAUUGCUUAGAGCUUUAAAGGAUGGGGACUGGAUACUCCUAGAUGAGUUGAAUCUAGCAUCUCAGUCUGUAUUAGAAGGCCUCAAUGCUGUAUUUGAUCAUCGUGGAGAAGCAUAUAUUCCAGAACUGGGAUGUUCGUUCAAGUUACGGCAUCAAACACGAUUAUUUGCCACACAGAACCCACAGCGCCAAGGUGGAGCUCGUAAAGGUUUACCACGAUCUUUCCUUAAUAGAUUCACACAGGUCUACAUCUCAGCUUUGACAACGGAUGAUCUUGAAGCUGUGUUGAGUGCAAAAUACCCCAAGUUAGAGCAGAACCUUAUCCGUCAGAUGGUACAGUUCAAUGAGAAAAUUCGCUAUGAGACCACAGUAUUAGGUCUGUGGGGUCAGCGAGGUGGUCCUUGGGAGCUGAACUUGAGAGAUCUUUCACGAUGGGCUAAUGCUAUAGUUACUGGUGAAGCAUUUGACAAUCCAGGGCUGUAUCUACCACUCAUUUAUGCAUCUAGAAUGCGCACACAGCAUGACAGAAAACAGGUCUUUAGGGUGGCUGCAGAGGAAGGUUUCAUAGUGCCAACAUGCGAGUCUUCAGUGACAAUCACGACAGACAUGCUUCAUGUCGGUGACACGACAACAGAAAGGCUGGGGCGACAGAUGAAGUUGGGGAGAAUGCGUGGUUCGCUUGAACCACAUCCCAAACGCCGCAUGCAUUUACAACUGGCGGCAUCGACGUCUGGUCCUUUCUCGAGGGAUCCAGUGGUUCUGAGGAGCUUGCAGCCAGCUCUGCAUUCACUUCUCCGGUGCCUUAGUCUGAAAUGGAUGCCUAUAUUAGUUGGACCUUCCGGCUCUGGGAAGACUAUGCUUGUCAAACUAGCAGCACAACUGGCAGGACGUGAGCUGCGCGUACUUUCAUUCAAUUCUGCUAUGGACACAAUGGAAAUUUUGGGAGGAUUCGAGCAGUGCAACAAUAUAAUUUAG